AUGGGUGAUUGGCACUUAGGGGCACUCCCCAGUGCCUGGCACAUUGGCAGUUGUGCCAGAAAAAGGCCCGAUCUCAACCCUCCCACAACUCGGCAGCGUUCAGGAGGAAUUGCAGCGGCCAAACUCAUCAUCGCCCUGCUGCGGCCGACCUGCCCGCGAUCCUCUCCUGAUGUCUCCAGGCUGGAAAUUCUUUACCAUUACCCAAUGUCUGAAGCAUCUCAGAAACUUAAAAGCGUAAGAGGAAUAUUUCUAACCCUCUGUGACAUGCUGGAAAAUGUAACUGGGACACAUGUUACCAGCUCAUCACUCUCCUUAAAUGAAAAACUUGUGCAUGUGGCAUACUGGAAGGAAGAUGACAAAUUGUUAUUAAUUGGACUUCCUGCUGAAGACGUCCCUCUGCCUCAGCUAAGGAAUAUGAUAGAAGAUGUUGCCCGAACCUUAAAGUUCAUGUAUGGUUCCCUGAUCAGCGCCUUCUGCCAGCCAGACAACAGCCCUCAGCUGCACCAUUUUUUCAACUUGUUCUUCCAAAGAGCCCUUCAGCCCGAAAUGCUGUACCGCCGGCGCGGCACUCCAUCCCGUGAUGCCUCUGGCUCCCUGCUCCUCGACACUCUGCCUGGGGUCCAGUGGCUCCCGCUUCCACCAGAAACCCAGAUGGUGAUCGACAUGGCAUUAAGUGAUUUAGAGGCAGCAGACUUUGCAGAACUGUCUGAAGAUUACUACGACAUGAGGCGUCUGUAUACAAUACUGGGAUCUUCUCUAUUUUAUAAGGGUUACUUGGUUUGUAACCAUUUGCCAAAGGAUGACCUGAUUGACAUCGCUGUGUAUUGUCGUCAUUAUUGCCUGCUCCCGUUGGUUUCAGAACAAAGGAUUGCUCACUUGGUCAUAUGGAGGGAAGUGUUCCCAAGACACCAUCUGCAGCCCACUUCUGAACCAAAUACUGAAGCCUUUCGGGAACCAGAGGGAAGAUAUUUCCUAUUAAUCGUAGGUUUGAAACACUCUUUGCUGUGCGUGCUGCUGGAGGCUGGAGGCUGUGCUUCGGAGGCCGCGGGGCAUCCAGGACCCGACUGCAUCUACGUGGACCAGGUCAAAGCCAUUCUGCUUCAGCUGGAGGGAGUAGAGAGCCGCCUGGACGAGAGGCUGGCCUCGUCCUCCGGCCCCUGUUUGUCUUGUGCCGACUGGUUCCUUCCCGCUGGGCGAGAUAAAGUGGACGGCUUGACCUCGUCCCCUCUCCUCAGCAAGCUCCAGCACACGCCCAGGUCCCUCCCCUCCCCUUCUAGCAGAAGAAGGCUGUUCAGUGACUACUCUCUGAGGACACGUAAGCUCAGCCCUUCCAGAAGCAGCGGGGGCCCUGACGGUGGCACCGAAGGCCCCGGAGAAGGGGCUGGCCCCGGCCCCCCCACAGCCCCAGAGCCGCUCCACAAGCAGGGAGCCAAGGAGGCUCCGAGUCCCGGAGGUCCCCAGACGAUAGGCACCCUAGUAAACGCCACUAAAAAGAAAGCUACCCUCCCAAAUCCUUUUCAUUUAGGAAGGCUAAAAAAGGACCUUUCCGAAAAAGAAAUGGAACUAUUCGAUGCCAUAAAGUUGACAUCUGGCACUGAGAACACACUUUUUCACUAUGUUGCCUUAGAAACAGUGCAAGGAAUCUUUGUCACUCCAACUCAUGAAGAGGUGGCUCAGCUCGGUGGUUCUGUCCACCCUCAGCUAAUAAAGAACUUUCAUCGUUGUUGUCUUUCUAUUCGUACAAUCUUCCAGCAGUCCUUAAUGCAUGAGGUAAGUUCUUGA